UGCCCCGGCCUGGCCCGUCCCGUCCCGGCCCGGCCCGGCCCCGCUGGCAGAGUCAAUGCGGCGCCGCCGCCCUUCGCCCCGGCCAUGGACACCAGCGACCUGUUCACCAGCUGCAAGAAGGGGGACGUGAGCCGAGUGCGAUAUCUUCUUGAACAGAGAGAUGUGGAAAUAAAUGUUCGGGAUAAAUGGGACAGUACCCCUUUAUACUACGCUUGUCUCUGUGGACACGAGGAGCUUGUAUCCUAUCUUCUAGCCAGUGGUGCAAAAUGUGAAGCAAACACUUUUGAUGGGGAGCGUUGUUUGUAUGGGGCUUUGAGUGAUGCCAUCCGACGUGUGUUGAAGGAAUACAAGCAGAUCACAGCGAAGUGCAUGAAGAGAGAUUAUUACGAUGUCUUCUUGCAGCGGCUUCUGGAACAGGGUUACCAAAGCGACAUUGUCUUCAUCGUCCAUGGGAAAUCCUUCUGUGCCCACCGCUGCAUCCUUAGUGCCCGCAGCGUGUACUUUGCAGAAAUGUUUGAGACCAAGUGGAAAGGGAAGAACAUGAUAGCAUUAAAGCACCCACUGAUCAACCCAGCGGCCUUUGGCUCCCUCCUGCAGUAUCUUUACACAGGUCGUCUAGACAUUGAUGUAGAAUAUGUGAAUGAUUGCAAGAGACUAGCCAAGCAGUGUCGGCUUCAGGAUCUCAUUGAGGAUUUGGAGAUCAAGUGUAAAAAGGUCUAUGAAUUUGUCUCUUCCAAGCCAGGGACCUGUGUGAAAGUCCUGACGAUUGAGCCCCCAGGUAACUGCCGGCUACAGGAAGAUCUGGCUCUACUGGCAGACUGCGCCCUGCCGGCUGAACUGCGGGUGGGUUUUGGGGAGUUGCCGUUUGACAGCACUGACAACUUUAGCAGCUGUCCUGAUGUGUGUUUUCGAGUGACAGAUUACAACUUUUUAUGCCAUAAGGCAUUUUUCUGUGGCCGCAGUGAUUACUUCAAAGCCCUCCUUGAGGAUCAUUUCAGUGAGAGCGAGGAGCUGCAGACUCAGCCCACCAUCCCUGUGGUGACCCUUCAUAACAUCUCAGAAGACAUCUUCAUCAGGGUCCUCUACUACAUCUACAGCGAUGACACCGAGCUGUCCCCUGAGAAUGCUUAUGACGUGCUGUGUGUAGCAGACAUGUACUUGUUGCCUGGCCUCAAACGCUUGUGCGGGAGAACCUUGGCUCAGAUACUUGAUGAGGACAAUGUUGUCAACAUCUGGAGGAUUGCAAAGCUGUUCCAGCUGACCCGACUGGAGGACCAGUGCACGGAGUACAUGGCAAAGAUCAUUGAGAAGCUGGUGGAGCUAGAGGAGUUUGCGGCUGCGGUGAAGGAGAAUGCUGAGGCAGUGGAGGAACGGCAGGAGACUGAUUCCAUCCCCCUCGUGGAUGACAUCCGCUUCCACAUCACCAGCAAUGUGCAGACUUAUAGUGCUAUCGAGGAGGCCAACCAGAAACUAGAGGCCCUGGAAAACCUCCUGGCCAGUAUAGGACUCGAGUGCUGAAAUCUGUAAAUCCUGCUGUUGGAUGCAGAGAGCAGCUUGUGUGACCUCCAGUGGGUUGUCUCUGAGUGCAAGAACAUAUGAGUCUUAGUCAAAUGACUUUUCUUUUUUUCUCUCCUCCUUCCCCCCGCAAUGCCAGGCAUGGUUUCCUUUUAAUUCAUUCAUGGCUGGACAUUCACAUGUUUGCUUUUUUCCUUCUGUUAAUAGGAUCCCAAAGUGCAGCAGUUUGAGAGUUACUGCUUGUAUAAUACAGCACUGAGAGGGAACUGCCAACCAUGUGGCUAAUGGAGCUGUAUUAACAGACUCAGUGACAUCUGGCCCCAGGAGCUGCCCCACUCUCUUAGCCAGCAAUGCAUUUCUGAAACUGGUUCAAACCAGGGUUCUUGUACAGUUAUCAAGGGAACAAAAAUGGAUUAUGAUAAGUGUAAAGGAAUCUACUAGAAUUAAACUGGCUGGUCUUUUGCUGUCAGUAUUAUGGGGAGUUAGUGGAGAGGAAGGCAUUUUAAUGGGGCACUAGCUGACUCCACCUGCUCUUCUUGUUUCUCAGUCACAAACUACUGGGAUCCUCCAAAUACUGACACCUAAAUUUACACCCUCAGUGUAGUAUGGAAGUUUAGGUUUUAAGUACAUAUUCUGACAGAUUGUGACAGUGUAUCCUUGAUCAGGGGGACAUGGCUAAAUUGAAUUAUUUCUUUUCUGGGUACUUUAUUUAAUGCAUGUCCCAAGUAUAAACCUAUAGGAAUACAUUACAAAGCAGCAGGAGAGAGACCCAGUCUCCUAAAGAGCUAGUAACUUUUCAAAGGCACAUGGUCCUUCUUUGGCCUGUUGUGUCAGGAUGAAGGAGAGACUUAUCAAAGUUUAAGAGUGGGUGACAAGGAAAAGGGAGCUUUACAAGGCCUGUUUCAGUUCAUAUGCCCUGCUCUUUCAUCUUCUGACGUUACUCAGGCUUAAAAACCUUGAGUUCCUUGUUCAAGAAGCUAAUUGUUCAUCCUUGCAAGUGUGUUUGGGGAUUCUUCCUCUGCAGUAGGUAUCAUUAUCUUUAGAAAUCUGGUCUCCCUUGGCUUUUAGAGAGGAAGGGUGCUGGUUUUUUCAUCUUUUCUCAACAUCAGUCAGCGGGCCACAACUCUUGCACUGAGUACACCUAAUCAUAUGGACUAGUUCUCCAAGCCCUUCUCCCUUGCUGUUACAGCCCUGCCCUGUAAGCAAACCCACCCUGUCUCACUACAUGUCGCUCUUUAGUGUUGCCCUGUUUCUUGAUACCCUCAGAGGUGGAAGUGUAGCAAGAGUUUUACUUGUCGCUCUGUUUUGUGUGACAGCAUGGUUGGAAGUUGCGAUUUUACAGGAUGUCCGGGUUAUGAAAUGACUUCAAGCUGGAUUCAGUGGUCCUGUUUGCUGAUACUGGGUGAUACUCCAAAGAGACAGUAUUGCCAGAGUGCAGGACAAUUACAUCCUCUCUUUGUUAACUUGUGAGUGAGAUCAGGGUAUUUUCUUGGUGUUGGCCAGAGAAAGCAAGGGAAUCUACAGUCACAAAAUCUUGCCUGCACCCAGAUUUUGUUCAUUGUUCUUAAAUCUCCUGCCUCUUGUCACAAGGAUGCGCUAUGGUUGCUAGACUUUCUAGAGUUGUUGUCAGAGCCCCAAGAAUUCACUGUUGGGUUUUCCCAGAGUGCAGAGCAUGGAGACUUAACUGCUCUGACCCUUUAGAGAGUCGUAGGAAGCGGGUGGCUUAAUGGCGGGAGACAGAGGAAGUAUCGUAAUGUUGGGAAUCUAAUGCUGCCAAGGACUUUGCAUGCUCUGUGUUACUAAGUCUCCUCAGAAUUAUGUACUACAUGAGUCUUGAUUUGUCAGGGGAAGGGAAAUGGAUUCUUUCUGCAGUACUUGGGGCCUGGGAGGGAGAAAAUUGGGCUGUAUUAAUUGCGUGGGGACUCCUAUCAAAAUGUUGGUGCUGCUGUCACUGGCAGAUGUUGCUGUUCACAGUAACUGCAUGACACGGGUUUAAAACCACACCCCAGUGGCCUGUGCUUUCAUGUGUUGGCCCUGUGCAUUGUUCAUGCAGAGAGGUGAUCUCGGUCCUCAACAGCUCCUCUGACCAUGCUUCUGGUAGCGUUUUUCCAGCAUAAGGGAACAGAUGUAAGUUCCCCUGUAUGGCAAGGACUGUGUUAUGUGGGCUUUAUGCUGUGUCUUUUCCCAUCUGUUAGCCUGGCUUCUGAAGUGCCUUGGACAGCUAAUGAAAUCACAUUUGGUGGUCUUGAUUUAGUUAUGAUUAUGAAGUUGCUACAUAGUUUGGCUAAGACUGUGCUCCGGAAAGGCUCAGUGUCAGUAGAGUAGUGCGUAUUGCCUGCUCGGAUUGAGCUGCAUCGGCAGAGUUGUGCAUGGAAGCCCAAGAAUAGACUAGCAGGUCAGAACUGAAAUGUGUUGUCAAAGCUGAGAGUUUUCAGUUAUGUAUUGGCUCUCCCAACCCCCAACGGAUUCUUCUUAUCCAUAUUUAUGUGGUGUCUCCUGCAGACCAGGCAUCUUUGGGGAAGAGGGUUUCUCUGGAGGGUGUUGAGCUAUUCGAGCAGGAUCUGCCUCUAUUUCUGUUAGAAAUUCCUUUGGGGAAACAGGUGAGUUUUUUCUGGCUUGCUUUUUGCAGGCACAUGCCAGUAUCUUGGUUCCAUAGUGUGCAUGCCUGGUCCUGUAUCAGAAUAGUGACGUGGAAAGAGGAACUGUGUGUUCUGUUCUUGUGUAUUUAAGAACACCCUAGGUCUGUGUACCUUAGUGUCCAUCUACAGAGCACAGACUAGUUUUGGCUGAAGGACAGAAUGACAGGUCAUUGAAGUUCUGAGAGCCAAAAGUAACCUGAGCUGCUGAAGCCUGUCUCAAUUUAAAAUGUGGGGGGAAGGGCUGGUUAGACUAAUGCUAAAUCCCUUGUAUUUUGUGUCAGGGGAAGAAGUGAGUGUUGUCUGACCCUCUGAGGUGUAAGCUCUUUAAAGAUCGCGCAAAACAUGUUAUUCAGAAACACCCUUCUAGCUAAACUGAUAUGAUUCACCUGCCUUUCUCCUCCCUUUAUUACUAAAGAUGACUUUGUAUAUAAGCACGAUGCUCAGGUUUUAUCACCUCUUCUCUGCUCCUGCUACAUGAGUUUCUCAAUCACCCUGCUUGCAACACAACCUUCCUUUUUACAGCAACUGUUGUGACAUACUCGCUUCCUACCCAGAAGACUACAGGCCACCAACUUAGAUGGAUUUACACCAGCAGUGAAUUUGGCCUUUGCCCUCAAAGCAUGGUGUGUGCUGGAAGUAAGAUUCAGGAGCAGGACUGUUGAGAAACACACUAUCCUUUUUCCAUGUAGGUAUCUCAACUCUUAAAAAGGAUAGUGGUACAAAAAUGGGUGAAACGGCAGCUGCACAGUUUGUAAGUAUUUUCCAUGCAGCUGUUCUUAAAUGUGUCCAUUACUGUCCCUUUAAGAGGGGAGCCACUUAGAAGAUUGUAUAAUAUGGGAUUAAAGGUCAGUGUGGCCUUUUUUAUUUCCCUCCCUGGGAAUGCAGUUCUGUUAAAUGUGCUGGAUGAAUUCAGAACACCUUGUCUGUCCAGCUGUACAUAGGGACUAAAUCUCUGAACUAAAUUGGAUUGUGCAAUUACUGAGUAUCUAGGGCUCCUUCAUCUCUCUGAAAAACAGAUAAGCAGGUGCUUAACAUACAGAACAAGCUCCUUAAUUGAAAAAUAAAUAAACUGGUUUGUAACAUGUGUUGAACUCACUUUAGUGUUGCAAAUAAUUUUAUUACAAGAUGAAAAAUUAGGAUUUCUCUUCUGUUAGUCUGUUUUUGUGUUCUGUUUUGCUAUCCCCAUUCUCUUCAUUUACUAUUACCAAUUUGUUGAAGUAAGAAAAUUGUAAAGUUUAUCAGAGCAGCAAUAUAUUAUAAUAAAAAAAUAUUUUAAAAUGUAA